UACAACACCUACAACAACAACAACCACACCUACAACAACCACAACUAAAAUGCCUACAACAACUGCCACAACCAGAACUACCACCACAACCACUUUACCAACUACAACUACACAAAUGAGCACCACGUCAUCCACCACUGUUAUAGCCAUUUCCAAGCGGACAGGGAGACCAGUAUAUGCCAGGGUUCCACAAGCAUGCCUUGUACCAAGCACAAAGAAUGUAAGCUGGGAAAAUAAAAUUACUGGAUUGUAUGCUGUUACAGAGUGUCCAGAGGGAACAGUCGGUGUUGGUUGGUGGGAAUGUAACCCAGUCACAGGAAUGCACAGCGAUGGCCCAGACUACUCUGAUUGCACCCAUCCAUGGGUGGCCAACAUUGUCCACAAGUUCUAUUCUGAUGCAAGUGUGUCACCAGGCCCAGUCAUAACCAACCUCACAGUGUCUCUAGAACAGAGUGCAGUGCUGGAGCCAGGAGACAUCAUAGCUAUUGGAGAUCUCCUGCCAAAUUUAAUCAACAGGCAGAUAACCAGGGUGGAAAACACUACAGAGACCCAGAAAGAGGCUUCAAUUCAAAGUUUUGCCCGGGCAACUGUGACACUUGGAAGUAGCUUGCUCAGUCCCAAAACACUGCCUGCUUGGAAUCAAAUUAAAGAGGACAGAGAAGUUGGUGUAGCCACUUCAUUGAUGACCUCCAUUGAACAUAGUGGGUUCCUGCUGGCAGACUCACAGACAACUACUCUGCAGAGGAUGAAGAGAGAUAAUAUUGUGGUGGAGUCCAGACAGUUUUACAAGUCUUUGAUCAGUGAAGACAGGUCACUAAAUUUCUCACCUGACGUAGAUGGGCAGGAUCUUGGAACCUCCAUAUCUAUUCCCUCUACUGCCCUAGAGAGUGAAUACAACCCUGAUGGGGAUUACCUGUCACUGGUGUUUGUUUUGUAUGACACCAUCGAUCAGGUUUUACCUAAUGGAAGCAAAAGCCAGCAGAAUACAUCUUCCCUGGUUAUUAACUCAAAAGUGGCAUCUGCAAGUGUAGUCAAACCAGGAUAUGGAUUUCAAUUUGACCAUGGUCAACAAGUCACAGUGACAUUCAAGCAUUAUAAACAAGGACUGGCAAACACUUCCAAAUGUGUGUUUUUGGAUAUGAGUUUGCGUUCCCCAGCUUGGUCAACAAGAGGCUGCCGCAAAAUUUCUGAAAAUGCCACUUACACGGUUUGUGCCUGCAACCACCUCACAAGUUUUGCUGUCCUUAUGGACAUAGGGGGAACUGUAGGAAAGAUUCACAGAAACAGUGACCAGGCAGAUGGAAGAGCCCUGUCAGUGAUCACGUUAGUGGGUUGUACCAUCUCUAUUGUCUGUUUACUUAUCUGUGUCAUCACAUUUACAGUGUUCAGGAGUUUGCGAUGUUUGAGAAAUGUUAUCCACAGGAAUCUGUGUCUUUGCCUUCUAUUGGCAGAGACUGUGUUUCUUGCAGGAGUGGACAAAACACAGAACCAGGUUGGCUGUGCCAUUGUAGCAGCCCUUCUCCAUUUUUUCUUCCUCGCUGCCUUUGCAUGGAUGUGUUUAGAGGGAGUGCAGCUGUAUAUGCUGGUCAUUGAAGUAUUCGAGUCCAAAAAUUGCCGUUCCCUCUAUUUUUAUUUAAUGGGUUAUGGUUUACCUGCCUUUAUUGUUGCCAUAUCAGCAGCUGCUAGACCAUCUGGGUAUGGCACGCUCCAGUUUUGUUGGCUGUCCACAGAGCACUUGUUUAUCCUCAGUUUUGCCAUUCCAGUUUCUGUAACAGUCAUUUUCAACACAGUUAUUCUUAUCAUUGCCAUGCGAGUGGUGGUAUCUCACAACAAAGAACAGUCCACAAAAAACAAGUUGAGACUGUGGUUAAAAGGCUCAGCAAUCCUGGUGUGUUUACUUGGACUGACAUGGAUCUUUGGAUUCCUGUAUCUGACCAAAGACCUUAUGGCCUUUGCUUACAUAUUUACCAUACUUAACUCCUUCCAGGGAUUAUUCAUCUUCAUCUUCCACUGUGCUAUGAAUGACAAUGUACAGAGCCAGUACAAGAAGACCCUAGCCACCAUUACAUGUCUGCCCUGUGAUUUCCAGGACAAAUACAGGGAUUCACGUUCUUUGUCUGUCAAUCACAUGCCAGAACACUACAGUAGACAAACAUCCACCACAUAUGCCAGUAAGAAGCAUUCUUUGGUGUAAUGGAUAAUUCUACUAAAAAAAAACCAGGAGGAGACAAUUAUAGACGUGGAUGCCAAGUAGUGAUUGCCAUGGGAAUCUUGUUUUUGGGAAUCUCACCAAAUUAUUGCAUUAUGCAGUUACAAACCACAUGUAAUACUACAGAGUCAUAUUCCACAGGAUAUAAUAGGAUGAUGUUCUAAAUGACAACUUCAAGCAAGUAGGAUUGAUACUGAGAUUGUGUGCACGUCUCAAGAAGUCAACAAAAGGAAACGUGUAAAAUUAAUCAUGGACAUGUACUUCUCAUAGCUAUUGUGAAACACAACUGUAAAAUCCCAAGAAAUAUACAUAAAAAGGGAUAAAGUAUUACAAACCUGUAUUGCACUAGAACCUGGAAGUUCAUAUAUAUAUAUAUAUAUAUAUAUAUAUAUAUAUAUAUAUAUAUAUAUAUAUAAAUCACAGUCAAAGCUCAUAUACAUGAUAGGUAUAUGCAUGUAAAUAGACAUUCCUCAAUUAACUGUUGCCCCUUAAGUUUAUUAUAAUGAAUAUCCAAGUUAUGGGUGAAGGAGAAUAACUAUCUGUGACAAAAAACGUUCUGGCUACUUAAUAUCCAAUAUAUUCCCAAUUCAUUCAAAUAAACUAGCUGUAGAUGUAAAUUUAAUAGGAUGUAUUAAUAAAUUCAGUCAAUACCAGUGACUAUUUUUAACUUCGUAUUUUAAAAAUAUUAUAUGGCAAUUGACAUUGUAAAUAAUUUUCUUAUCAUCACGAGAAGACUCCAUAAGUUAUAUGAGCAUAUUUCUGGUGAUGGAUAAAGAAGCGCCACUAUGUUUAUGUGCGCUCGCGCAUUUGUGUGUGUAUCGUUGGACUGCUGACUUUUUCAAAAUGGCGUGGCAAAAAUGGAUUGAAGAAGAAAUAAAUGAAACAGUUGUUUUUCGUCCAAAAUUCCACUGGUGAGAUGUCUAGGUAAAUAUUAAGUAAAUUUUUCUCGGUACGCUUUGUAUUGCAGUUUAUCCAAAAUCUUGCUUUUCAUAGAUUCUUAUUGAUCUUUCAAUCUUUGUUAUACUUAUUAUUUUUGUGUCACAUGCAGUACUGUGA